AAUUAUGUUUUUGCUGUCAAAGUGGCCUUUCAACAUCGAUCUUUAAGAUGGUGUAAUUAGAAAAUGAUAUAGCUAUUAAAAACGUUAGUAAAACUAGCCCUUUUUGGGAGCACCAAAUUUAUUUUUUCCUUAGCAACGGUUUCCAUGCAAAAGAAACACAUCAAAUUGCCCCAAAGACCCCCAAAUUUGAUAUCCAGUGGCCAUAUUUUCGUGACAAUCUAUGUGAAGUACUUUGUUGGCUAGGACACGGCCAGGAACUUGGCGUGUUUGAGGCAAUCUUCGGUUUAGCUUUUGUUUCAACUGUAAAUUCAACUGUUCACAGAGAAGAAACCGAAUCAUUCGCGUAACAAAAUAACCAAAUUAACGAUGCCAAAGCAAGCAGCAACACAUCGAAAGAAAAGAAAGAGGAUGUUUUAUGGCAUUCAAAAACAGGAGCUGCCUAGAACUGAAAGUAGGCCGGAAGACAACCAGCAAUCGAGUUCGUUGGGACAAGGCCUAUCAACUGCCAUAUCUCCUGGUAAACCAAACAGAUCCUCUGAAAAGAUAUCAUCAAACUGUCCAGUUUUGGAAAAGAUAGAUAGCCAGAUUAUGACAAGAAAAAGGGCACUUGAUUUGGGACAAGAAACACCAACUGGGGAAGUACUUGCUUAUGGUUACAAGAUAAUUGACACUGAUUGUCUUCGGCAAUUUAUCAACAACACUGUUAUUUGUGCAAAGUGUAGAAGUUCUGAGGGUAAAUUAGAGAUUUAUCAAGAUAACAGCAAAAGGAAUGGUUUACAUGAGUGUCUCCUAUUGAGAUGUGAAUUUUGCAAGAAUGAGACUAAGUUUCAUACAAGCAAGAAAAUUGAAAAUAAGAAAGGGAAUUGCGAAGUGAAUGUACGGCUUACACAAGGUGGUAUCUUGACAGGAAAUGGCCAGCAGAGUUUGAAUAAAUUAUGUACUGCUUUGAAUUUACCCCAACCAGUUGCCACUAAGUCAUAUCAAGCCAUAAUGAAAAAAAUUGAGCUAUCAGCUAACAAAGAAUGUGAAAUUGCAUUGAAAAAGUCUGCAGAAAGAUUGAAAAAAAAACUAAUCCAAGAGGAUCCAUCCUGCAAAGACAUGAAUGCCACUACAGAUAUAUUUUCUGUGGCAAUCUCAAUUGAUGGAACAUGGCAAAAGCGUGGAUACUCAUCCCUUCUUGGUGUUGUUUUUGUUAUAUCAAUAGAAACUGGUGAGGUGCUGGAUUUUGAAGUGCGCAGUAAGGUGUGUUUUGAAUGUAGGUCACGUAGCUUGUGGGACAAAAAUUCACAAAGAUAUAAGACAUGGUUUCAAAGCCAUAGUGACUCAUGCUCUGUCAACCACCACCAGUCAUCAGAAGCAAUGGAAAAAGAAGCUGCCACUUUGAUGUUCAUGAGGUCUAUUGAAAAACAUAACCUGAAGUACACAACCUAUGUAGGUGAUGGUGACUCAUCAUCCUAUGGAGUUGUGUCAGAAGCACUAUCAAAAGAAUAUGGUUCAUCGUAUUUGGUUUGUAAAGAGGAUUGUGUUGGCCAUAUCCAGAAGCGGAUGGGAACAAAUCUUCGACGCCUCAAACUUAGAGCAAAAGGAAAGACGCUUGCUGAUGGUGGAACCAUUGGUGGAAGAAAAAGAUUAACAGACUCUGUAAUUGACUCAUUUCAGAAUUACUUUGGCUAUGCCAUACGAAAUAAUUCAAACAAUUUGACAGCCAUGUAUAAUGCAGUUUGGGCUAUAUAUUUUCACUGCAUUGCUGGUGAGAAUGAAAGUCUUUCAGAUCAACAUAGGCUUUGUCCUGAUGGAGAAAAUUCUUGGUGCCGGUAUAAACAAGAUCUUGCCUGUAAGACAAAUACUUACUCAGCUGAGAAAUGCCUGCCUCCAGUUUUUAGAGAAGAACUUAAAAUGUUGUUUGAAAGACUUAGUGACAAGAAUCUUCUGCAGAGAUGUCUGAAAGGGUACACUCAGAACCAGAAUGAAUCCAUCAACAACACCCUUUGGGCGAAAUGUCCAAAACGUGUUUUUGUUGGAUAUCAUAAGCUUCAAACAGCUACCGCAAUCACAGUGCUCAUUUGGAAUAGAGGUGCAGCAAGUAUGGGGUCUGUGUUAGAGAGACUAGGAGUUGAGGACCUUGGCAUUAAUACAAUGACAGGAUACAGAUUGGAAAAUUCAUCUAGAAUUAAUAAUGCACAAAAAAAAUGCCAAAGCAAAUAUAGAAAAAGAAGAAGACAGCUCCGCCAUGAAAGGAAGACAAAAAAUGUUGUUGGAAAACACUAUUUGUCAGGAGCUUUUGGGACAUCAAAGAAACCUGAAGCUACUCCUACUUCUAGAAGAAAGAACAACUGUAGUGAUGAGAGCAAGGAACUGGAGGUAGUAUUUGUAAAUGAAAACGACAUAGAAGUACAUUGUGCGAAGAAACCAUUUUUGGCCGUUUAAUACUGGCAGUUUAAAAUUUUACUUUUUGUGUAGUUAAGCAAUGUUAUUUGAUCCAAAGAGCUGAAAAGGUAAUCCUAUUGGUUUCUAUUUCUUGGAAAUUUGUUUCUUUUAUCUAUUAUAAGCAGUAUUGCCAUGUAAAUUGGUCUAACAGCUUUGAGAAAUAACGUUCAAUGCAAGUAGUCUAUGCUUAUAUGCUUCAAAAACUUUGAUUGGCCGAUUUGAAAAACAGACUAUUUUAUCUUAUGGAAAAGAUAUCUAAAGAACUGUUGGACAUAUUUCAUUGAAAUUUGCAGUGAAGGCUCAUCUUGUUAAGAGGAUCAAAAUAAAUUGAUGAUUUUUUGAAAUUUCAAAUUUACAAUGAGCAAUUAUACAAUAAAGGUUUUUUA